AUGGCCAUCUUUCUCUAUGUAUCAAUAAUUGUAUCAUCAUUUUGCUACAUAUAUUAUUUCUUCCAUAGGAGAUUAUGUAAGACUCCUCUCCUAAUAGAUUGGCCUAUCCUUGGCAUGUUACCAAAAGUGUUGUGGAACUUGUAUCGGAUACAUGAUUUCGUAACCGAUAUUUUGAAACAACAAGGGAGAACCGGUGAAUUCAUGGGACCUUGGUUCACCAACAUGAACUAUUUGGUCACUAGUGACCCCAUGAAUGUUCAUCACAUAAUGAGCAAGAGUUUUGACAACUAUGUCAAGGGUUCUGAAUUUCGUGACAUCUUCCAAAUUUUUGGAGAUGGUAUUUUUACCACGGAUUCGGAGACUUGGAGGUACCAUAGAUCUUUGCUUCUUUCUUUGGUUAAGAAUAGAAGCUUCGAGAUCUUUCUAGAGAAAACGAUUCAGAAGAAGGUGGAAGCUAGCUUGAUUCCUGUAUUAGAACACGUGCUACAACAACGUGUUGAGGUUGAUCUACAAGACAUCUUCAAUCGCUUCACAUUCGACAACAUUUGCAACAUUGUUUUAGGGUAUGAUCCUAAUUGUCUUUCUAUUGAGUUCCCUGAAGUUGCAUGUGAGAAGGCUUUUAAUGAAGCUGAAGAGUCGUUAUUCUAUAGGCAUGCUGUUCCAAAGAGUGUUUGGAAGCUUCUAGAAAGGCUUCAAAUAGGUCAAGAGAGAAAGAUGAGUGAAGCUUGUAAGGUGUUUGACCAAUUCAUAUACUCAUGCAUAGCAUCAAAGAGAGAAGAGAUAAGCAAGUACAACAAAAGUAGUCAAAUAGAUGAAGCUCAACUUGACUUGCUUAGUGCUUUGAUGAUGAUGAGAGAACAAGAACAAGAAAAGGGUCAAAGUCAAACAUUAUUAGUCAAUGAUGACAAGUUUUUAAGAGACUCAGCUUUUAAUCUUUUUGUGGCUGGAAGAGAUACCAUAACUUCAGCUCUUACUUGGUUCUUUUGGCUUGUUGCUACGCACCCAUUAGUUGAAACCAAAAUUCUUGAUGAAAUCAAAGAAAAUUUUGGAUCAAAUAAUGAUGAAAUGAAGCACAAAGUUUUAGGCAUAGAAGAGGUGAAAAAGCUAGUUUAUCUCCAUGGUGCUCUAUGUGAAUCUUUGAGGCUAUUUCCUCCUAUUCCUUUUGAGAGGAAGCAACCAAUCAAAAGUGACAUACUCCCAAGUGGACAUCAUGUGAAUCCAAAUACAAUGAUCUUACUUUCUUUGUAUGCAAUGGGAAGAUAUGAAGAGAUAUGGGGAAAAGAUUGCUUGGAGUUCAAGCCAGAGAGAUGGAUAUCUGAAAAAGGAGGAAUAAUUCAUGUGCCUUCUUACAAGUUUAUUAGUUUUAAUGCGGGGCCAAGAACUUGCUUGGGAAAAGACUUGUCUUUUAUGCAAAUUAAGAUGGUGGCAGCUUCCAUUUUGUGCAAUUAUCAUAUUCAUGUGGUGGAAGGUCAUCAAGCUAUCCCAAGUCAUUCAAUUGUGCUUCUAAUGAAGGAUGGUUUGAGGGUUAGGAUAACCAAAAGAGAAGGCUUUUAAUUAUUUCAAAUGUAUGAAGUGUGGUAAUUAUAAAGCUAUAAUACACACAAGUAGAUGGAUCACUUAAUAAUUUUAGAAAAUAUGCAAGUGU